GACUUACUACUUCACUACGGAUUCAAUUCGGAUUGCUUGGUUUUGGUUGUGCGGAUAGAAUUUGUUGUAUUCUUGUGUAUUCUCCUGUGUCGAUAGUUGUUUUAUCAAUAUAAGUAUACGCGUUCAUAUUAUAGUACGAAUUGUAACUAUUGAUUAAAAUUAAAAAUGGAUGAUGAUGCCAGCCCCGAUUUGCAGAAGUGUUUAUCUGAUGGACCGCUAGAUGCGGAUGAUGGUCCUAUGGACACUGAUGAGGGCCCUUUGAUUAACGAAAAUUCUAACGGCUUGUCGCAUUUGUUGACCGAGGGGGAGUUCAACAGUGUCGACGCCGUAGGGGUAGACGAGUCGUCCACGUCCAACCCGGGCUUUCUGAACGCUGUCGAGUUCUCUGCAGGGAGUGUUGGAGACUAUUUGGUAAACAAUACUGACGGAUUCAACACCGAACUGAAUUCGUUUGAUGUAGGCGACAAUGCCGUAACGUUUGCCGGAGACUCGUUGAACCAUGUGUUAUCGGAUGGAGACUCGCAUCUGAGCGACGGAUACAAGGCGGUUUCAGAUACAGAUGGUGAUUUAUUAGGUACUCCAGCCAAGAUGGACAUGGAUAAUGAAAUCAGUGAAAUAUCAAAUGAUAUUGCUGAAGACACUAUGGAUAAAACUGAUGAGGACAAUGUAAUUCAUGAGAUAGAGUCAUCAAAUGAUGCCGGCAUCACCCUGGACGCAGAUGAAGGAACUGCUAAUGUGGAAGCAAUUAAAACUGUUAAUGAAACUCAUACUGAUCAAGAACCUGUCCUGCCAGUGGAAGAAGUUGAGAAGGUCACACCAUCAAAAGAAGUAGCUGAAGUUGAGGAAGAGAAACAAGAAGCACAGGAGACUAAAGAAGUUGAAGCUGUAACGGAAAUACUGGAAACAGAGGAAACAAAGACUGAAGAAAGCUCAGAGAAGAAAGACGCAGAUGAUGUCGAAAUGGCAGCUGAGAAAAGUAUUCCAGAGGUUAGCAGAGGUGCAGAGGAGACUGAGGUAGUCUCAGAAGAUGAGCUUCCAGCCGUUGAGAAGCCAAGUGUUAAGGACGCUGAAAAUGUCUCGGACGAUGAGCUUCCUGGACCCAAGCCUGCUGAACUUCCUGCUGAUACUGAGGUUGUAUCAGAGGAUGAGCUGCCAGAAAAGAAAGAGUCAAAGGAGUCUCGAAAGCGCAAAACAGAUAAUGACAAGGACGGCUACGAUCCUGGCUCCCCUACCUCCGAGAGCGAGUCAUCCAGCAAGAAGCAAGCUGUUGUUAAGAAUGGCGAAAGCAAGCCAGUGCCUUCCGAGAAGCGGCUGUCAGUGGACGAGAAGCCCAAGAAGAAAGCUCUCCCGGAGCUCGACAAAUAUUGGAAGGUGGUCAAUGACGACCCCACUGACUUCACUGGCUGGACGUAUCUGCUGCAAUAUGUUGAUCAAGAGAGCGAAGUGGAGGCCGCGCGAGAGGCCUACGACGCCUUCCUGUCGCACUACCCCUACUGCUACGGUUACUGGCGAAAAUACGCCGACUACGAAAAACGCAAAGGAAGUAAAAAGAAGUGUCUCGAGGUAUUGGAAAGGGGGCUGAAAGCCAUCCCACUGUCGGUUGAUCUUUGGAUACACUACCUCAAUCACAUUAAAGCCACUAGAACCGAAGAUCACGCAUACAUCAAGGCGCAGUAUGAGAGAGCUAUAGAGGCGUGCGGUUUGGAGUUCCGCUCGGACCGCCUCUGGGAGUCGUACAUCAAGUGGGAGGCGGAGAACGGGUCCGCGCUCAACGUCACCAACAUAUACGACCGUUUGCUGGCAACACCCACCCUCGGCUACACCUCGCACUUUGACAAUUUCCAAGAGCACGUGAUGUCGGAGCCGGUGACGGGCGUGAUAUCUCGGUCGGAGCUGGUGCGGCUGCGCGGCGACGUGCGCGACGCCGUGCGCGAGGCGGGCGGCACGGCGCCGCAGCUCGACCUGCCGCCCGGCGAGGACGAGCCCAUAGACCACAUCGCUUCAGACGAGGAGGCUCAAGCCAUUAAGGAGCGCAUCAUCGCGGCGCGCCGCAAGGUGCACAAGACCACGGGCGAGCAGGUCGCCGCUAGGUGGACCUUCGAAGAGGGCAUCAAGCGGCCCUACUUCCACGUGAAGCCCCUCGAGCGUUGCCAGCUGAAGAACUGGAAGGCGUAUCUAGAAUGGGAGAAGCAGCACGGCUCGCUGAAGCGUGCUCUCGUGCUGCACGAGCGGUGCCUCAUCGCUUGCGCGCUUUACGACGAGUUCUGGAUGCGGCUGAUAAAGUUCCUAGAAGAGCGCAUAGAAACCAACCCUGAACUGGUCGCCGUGGAACGCGAAGUCCUGGAACGAGCGUGCACCGUCCACCACCUCGACAAGCCCGAACUGCAUCUACACUGGGCGCAUUUCGAGGAGGCCCACGGCAACGCCGCCAAGGCCGCCGAGAUCCUCGACCGGAUAGAGAAGACCUGCCCCACGCUGGUGCAGAUACAGUAUAGACGCGUCAACCUAGAACGUCGUCGUGGGGAUUACGACAAAUGCUCGCAGUUAUAUGAGACCUAUAUCGCCGCUGCAAAGAACAAGGCUAUCGCCUCAGCGCUAUCCAUCAAGUACGCGCGCUUCCUCCACCACGUGCGGCAGCAGCCGGCCGCGGCGCGCAAGGCGCUGGACGAGGCCGUGACGCGGGACCCGCUCAACCAGCGCCUGCACAUGCAGCGCCUCGACCUCGCGCUGCACACACCGGGCACGCCCUACGAGGUGCUCGAAGAGCUGGUAUCGUCGUACGAGAAGCAGGAGGGCGCGGAGCUGGAGAGCAGCGCGGCGCUGGCGUGGCGGCGGCGCGAGCUGGCCGAGGAGCUCGGCGGCGCGGGCGCGGCGCGCGCCGCCGGCACGCACGCGCGCGCGCUCGCCAAGCAUCUGCGCAAGCGCGCGCGCAAGGACAAGCACGACGUGCCGCCGCCGCCCAAGUCAGUAUACGAACCUGCGCAAGCACAGACACGAAGAAAAAGGAAGCGGCCGCUAGUUCGACGACGACGACGGCCAGCUCCGCUUACUACCAAACCCCUGCCGCCACCACGCAGUCCUACGAGCAGAGCUACGCGCCGCCCUACCAGCCGCCCUGGGGCUACCAGCAGCCGCCCGGGCCCUACCAGCACCACCCGCACCCGUGGCCGCAAUACCCCAACUACUACUAGCACAAACCGAGCCGGCGUAACUAAACACUGAUCUCAACAACAAAAUACGUACAGGUCGUUUGACUCUAAGCCCCGAGAGUUAUUGAUUGUAAUGCCGGGGCCACACUAACGGGAAACGCCGUUUAUUGUCGCGAUAAUUGACACUUUUCAUACGGCCACACUGGGAUUUUCGCUAUAAUCAACGGCGUUUCCCGUUAGUGUGGCCCCGGCAUAAUAGAGAGGUAAUGUCUAAAGCCCCCUCCAGACUAUGUGCGUGAAUCGCGGCGCGACGUCGCGGAGCGAACAUAUCGCGAAGUUGACGUAUGACUCCACACUCGCACACUUCACGGCGAUUUCGCAGUUUGGUUUGCGGCAAGAUGGCGGAAAAGCAUCAGCUGAUUGAGUUUAACUGUUAGUUAUCUAUGGCAUCAUACGUGAUUUAGCUGUUUUUUUCCAUUUUGUUUUCUUGUGAAACCGUAAAAUAUAGCUGCUUAAUAUAAUAUAAUCAUAAUAUAAUUAAUAUUUAUCUUGCCACAGAAGAGCCAAAAUAGUGUGUAAUGUGGAGUCUUGCAAGUUCGCGCUUCGCGUCUCCUUUGACGCGGGCCGAAAUACCGACAAAAAACGGAGAACAAGGCGCGAAGGCGUGAACAAUCUGCGAAAUCGACGCCACACUCGCGUUCGCGGCUUCGCCCGCGAUUCACGCGCAUAGUCUGGAGGGGGCUUAAGAAAAAAAUGUGCCACCUAGUUUGACAACCUAAACAGACGGCGCUGUACUGCACCGUGUAUUGUGGUCACUGAAGUGUCGAACGCAAAUGUUUGAUUACCACAGUUAUAGCCCUACUUUACCGCAUAAUGUACUGAGCCGUAUAAGGUAUAGCGCCGUCUGGUGUAGUUGUCGAAUUCGAAGCACGUACCUAAUUGUAUUUAGACUUUACUCAUCUAGUGCAAUCAAUAUAUCUUCGCAUAACGCUGGCUUUUUCGUGUACACUCUACUGGAUACCUCCAGGUAAUCCUCCAUGGUAGCAAAACGUACACGAAAAUCGAAGUGAAACUCAAAAUUUUACAGUAAAAGGUAAACUCUUGCUGGCACAUUCACUCGUUCUUAACAGCAGCUACGACAGUCUGUCACUAAAUGGUGCGUGCCACGAGUUUACCCCCAAUAUAAAGGGACUUGAAUAUCGAUGUAGUUUUAAUUUAAUAUCAAUCCUUACAGCGAAAUAUCCAGAAAAUUAGUUACGCUAGGUAGUGUAUGGGUUUGAUGGGGAGUAGGUUAAGAUUGGACGAUUACACUUAAGUGUUUUUACCGCACCACCGUUUUACAACAACCGACAACUCAGUGUGAUUGUUUCAACAUUUAAUGCUUUGUUGUACAUUUAAAUAAAAAAAUAUUUACAAACUAUA